AUGGCGUUUCCACAGAAUUGGUGCUGCUCUACGACCCUUAUAAGAUCAAGAAGAAGCUUACACAGCGAUCUCGGCCACCUGUCGAGGCUCUUGAUCGGGCGGGACUUUGUGACGAGCCACUUGCUCCGAUGGAUGAGCGAGGAGAUAGUGAGGCAAGUUGAGAGCGGCAAGGGGGCCGACGUCAUCGUGACGGACGCGGACACAUGCUCAGAGCAUCAACUGGUGUUCGUGUUCUGGGCGUCAUCUGGGUCCUACGUCUUCAAGGGCGAUUGGAUCAAGGAAUUUGCGAAACGGAGGGGGUUGGCGGCUGGUGAUGAGAUCCGGAUAUAUUGGGAUCCUAGUGCUAGCAAGUUCCACUUUAGCCUUCUUCACAAGGCGAAUUAG